AUGCUCUUCAGCGAAGACUUCCUAGAGAUAUCAAUAGAUCCGGUAUUCUGCAGCGACUGUGUUCGCGAAGAAAUCGAGUUUUUUGACGAGAUCAUCGGGAGCAUGGGGAGUGAAAUGACCAACGCUGACAUUCAAAUCAGUAAUGAAUACCACAGAGACGGAUACGCCGAGUCCAAGGAUGUUUUCGCCGCAUUCCAAAGAAGUAUGGGAGCAAGUAUGGCAGGACUCCAAAGAAACAUCGAAGCGAGCUGGGCCGAUCUCCGAAAAAGCGUGGAAGCAAGUAUGGCAGAUCUCCAGGAGGAAAUCACAAAGCAGGAAGCCAGAGUCACAGAAUUGGUCGAAAAGAUAUAUGCUUCAAAAGGAGAUGUCAAGGAGGUCAGGGCGUAA